UUGCUUCUUCUUCUUCAACCCGACUUCUCUUCUUCUCCUGGUUCCUGCUUUUGUCCCGACAAAUCCAUGCAACAAACCACCUCUCACUUCCCACAAGACUCGUCCUGAACCCAAAGAACCAAAAUGCUUUUCUUCUUCUUGCUGAUUCUCUUCUUCUUUCCUCCCCAUUUCACUAUCUCUCUCAAUCAAGACGGCCUCUAUCUCCAGCGAGUCAAACUCGGCUUCUCCGAUCCCACUCAAUCUCUCUCCUCCUGGAAUCCAAGAGACGACACGCCCUGCAACUGGCUCGGUAUCUUCUGUGACCCCAAAACUCUUCGUGUCACCUCCGUCAACCUCUCCAACUUUCAGCUCGCCGGAUCUUUCCCUUCCCUCCUCUGCCGUCUCUCUUCUCUCUCUUCCGUCGACCUCCCCAACAACUCCAUCAACUCUUCUCUUUCCACCGUCGAUUUCUCCGCCUGUCGAAAUCUUACUCGCCUGGAUUUGUCUGAUAACCUGUUGGUGGGUCCACUUCCCGAGACUCUCGUUCACCUCCCUAAUCUCCGCCACCUCGUUCUAACGGGUAACAAUUUCUCCGGCGAGAUUCCGGAGACUUUUGGUCAGUUCCCGCAACUCCAAACACUAAACCUCGCGGGUAAUCUCCUUAACGGCACAAUACCCGUUUCGCUUACCAACUUAUCUACUCUGAAAGAGCUUGGACUGGCUUAUAAUCCCUUCUCUCCGAGUCAGAUACCCCCUCAACUCGGUAAUCUGACAACCCUCGAGGUCCUGUGGCUCAGUGGGUGUAACCUCGGGGGUCAAAUCCCCGAAGAUUUGUCGCGUCUUACUCGGCUUGUUAACCUGGAUUUGUCGACGAACCGUCUCACGGGGCGAAUCCCAAGUUGGAUCACUCAGUUGACGAGAAUAGAACAGAUCGAGCUCUAUUCAAACUCGUUGUCACGGUUCAGAAACAACCGGCUCUCGGGUCAGGUUCCCGAGGAUUUCUGGGGCUUGCCGCGCGUGUACUUGCUCGAGCUUAUGGAUAAUUUUUUCACUGGGCAAAUAUCCAAGAAGAUUUCCGGUGCACACAACCUCUCAAUCUUGCUGGUAUCAAAGAAUCAAUUUUCGGGGCCGAUACCAGCCGAAAUCGGGUCAAUACUCACGUUGGUUCAGUUUUCUGGGAGUGAAAAUGAGUUCUCAGGUACGAUUCCAGCUAGUUUUUAGAUUUUGUGGCAAUUGGGUAUGCUGGAUCUCAGCGAAAAUAAGCUUUCUGGUGGGAUUCCUGAGGGAAUUCGGGGUUGGAAGAGUCUCAACGAGCUCAACUUGGCAAACAAUAAGUUGACAGGGAAGAUUCCUAGUGAAAUCGGUAGCUUGCCAGUUCUAAAUUAUCUUGAUCUCUCCGAGAAUUACUUAUCCGGUAAAAUACCACUUGAGUUGCAGAAUUUGAAGCUCAAUUUGCUGAACUUAUCAUACAAUCGUCUAUCUGGAGAUCUUCCUCCUCUGUUUGCGAAGGACAUGUACAGGAAUAGUUUCGUGGGCAAUCUUGGUCUAUGUGGUGAUCUGAAGGGUCUUUGUCCAAAAACCGGAGGAUCCAAAAGCCUAGGUUACUUGUGGAUUCUUCGAUUGAUCUUUGUACUUGCGGCUGUGGUUUUUGUCGUUGGAGUGGUAUGGUUCGUUAGUAAAUACAGAAAAUUCAAGAAGGCAAAGAAAGGAAUGGCCAUGUUGAAGUGGAGAUCCUUCCACAAACUGGGUUUCAGUGAAUUUGAGGUUGUUGAUUGCCUUAAAGAAGAGAACGUGAUAGGAAGUGGAUCUUCUGGUAGAGUUUACAGAGUUGAGCUUAGCAAUGGUGAAGUGGUGGCCGUGAAGACUGUUAGAGGAGCUAAAGAAGAUUCAAUUAUUGACUCCAAGAGAGAUGAAUUCGAAGUUGAAGUCGAAACCCUGGGAAAGAAGCACAAAGACAUUGUAAGAUUAUGGUGUUGUUGUAACACUGGAGACUGCCUGAUUUGCACCAGUCCCCUCCCCAUCAACCGACCUUCUAUGCGCAAGGUUGUUAAAAUGCUGCAAGAAGUAGGUGCGGAAAACAAGCCCGUUACUGGUAGCAAGAAGGAUGGCAAGCUCUCUCCUUAUUACUACAACGAAGAUGACGCGUCUGAUCAAGGAAGCAGGGUUUAA